AUGGAUCAAUGGAUCAGUGAAGGUCUAUCGAAAAUAUUAGAUUUUGAAGUUCCUGAGGAUCUCAUAAAGUAUAUAAUGUCCAUACAAAAUGAGGAGGAAUUAAAUGAUUACCUUAAAACUUUACUUGAUUUCGAUAACUCGCAGCAUAAAAAUUUCUACUUUGAACUGACCAAGAAGAAAUUUCCUAACAAAGUAGGACCGCAAACCAAACAACAAAAGAAAAAAAUAUCGAAAAAUAAACAACAGCAAGACUUUGUGAGUACAGAAAAGCCAGUACAGAAUCAACCUGUUGAAAAUGAGCUUAAAUCUAAAAAGAAAACUAAAUAUGUUAACUUAUAUUCUCAAGAGGGCAAAAAUGCUCAAGUCAUUACUUUAAAAGGAAGACAUCACUGUGACUGUCAGGCUUCGAAACAUGAACUAAUUAACAACUGCCUUCAAUGUGGUAGAAUUGUUUGCAAGCAAGAAGGAUCGGGACCUUGUUUGUUUUGUGGAAAUCUGGUGUGUACACCAGAUGAGCAAAGGGAGAUAAAUGCAAAAACUAAAUCAAGUGCCAAACUUGUGGAGUCACUCAUGGAAAAAAGUCGACCAAAAGGUUGGGAAGCGGCACUUUCUCAUAGAAACAGAUUGCUUGAAUAUGAUCGUACAAGUGAAAAAAGAACCAAAGUAACAGAUGACGAUAGUGACUACUUCAGUUCAAACAGUGUGUGGCUCAACUCCACCGAGAAGGAGAAAUUGCAGAAGUAUCAGCAAACACUGCAUGAUAAAAAACAUGCUUCCAGGCUUAAUAAGAAGAUGACAUUUGACUUUGCUGGUCGUCAAAUAGUAGAAGAUACAACAAUAGAACACGAAGUAGAUGAAGAUCAUAUAAGACAAAUCACGAGCAGCACUUCAUCAAGCAGUCAAAUCCUCCGAUCUGAUCUACUGCUCGAUACGUCUGCAGACCGCGACGUCGCACCUGGGGUUAAUGCUCCUUUAUUAAUGUUCAACCAAUCAGUUGAGAGGCGAACUAAAGUGGUUCCAAAGUCCAACUGGGCCCAAUCCUCUCGCAUCCAAGACUUGGAACUGCUGGAGAUGAGUGACUCCGGAAAAUGUCUCUCCAUGCAUCAGCCUUGGGCUUCUUUGCUAGUAGAGGGCAUUAAGAUGCACGAGGGUCGCACGUGGUACACGGGACACCGCGGGCGGCUGUGGGUGGCGGCCACGGUGAAGCCGCCGGACCAGACCGUCGUGCGCGCUUUGGAAAACCAGUACAGGGUCUUAUAUCCAGAGAAACAAUUCAAGUUCCCAUCUUUCUACCCAACGGGGUGUCUUCUCGGCUGCGUGAAUGUGGACGACUGCUUGCCGCAAGAGGAAUACGCUAAGAUUUACCCGGAGGGAGAGAGUGACAGUCCCUACGUGUUCAUUUGCUCCAACCCCGUCAGUUUAAGACUGCGCUUCCCAGUUAAAGGACAACACAAGAUUUAUACAUUAGAUAGAACAAUUCACCAAGCAGCAGUAAAAUGUAUGCAAAAAAUGGCGAAAAUGCAAGCGGACGAGGCCAACGCUGGA